CUUCAUAGUCUAUUACUACGGUAAUGAGCGUUGGUGGUUAUCCGGGGAUGUCACACCACAGCUAUUUUCUCUCACUCUCUGAGUAUACUUCCAUGGAUUGACCCAGAGCGUAGGACAGAUAAAUAAACAACAAGACAUCACCGAGCGAAAAAUGGCAGAGCGUGGAGAAGGCAGCUUGCUGUUAGGAGAUCCUACCUUUAAUUUUCAGGAGCACGAACUAAACGAGAGACUGAAACGGCUUUACCCGGCCGUGAACGAGGAAGAAACCCCUUUACCCCGAUCUUGGAGCCCCAAGGAUAAAUACAGCUAUAUUGGGCUUUCACAGAACAAUCUGCGGGUGCAUUACAAAGGCCACGGCAAGAACCACAAAGAUGCUGCCUCUGUGCGUGCCACACAUCCCAUCCCUGCUGCCUGUGGAAUCUACUACUUUGAGGUCAAGAUUAUCAGCAAAGGGCGGGACGGGUACAUGGGCAUUGGCCUGUCUGCCCAGGGAGUCAACAUGAACAGACUGCCUGGAUGGGACAAACACUCGUAUGGUUACCACGGAGAUGACGGACAUUCCUUCUGCUCGUCCGGGACCGGCCAACCGUACGGUCCCACUUUUACAACGGGGGAUGUGAUUGGCUGCUGCGUUAACCUCAUCAACAACACCUGCUUUUACACAAAAAAUGGCAUCAGCCUGGGUGUAGCCUUCACAGACCUCCCUCCGAACCUGUACCCCACGGUGGGGCUCCAGACCCCCGGAGAGAUUGUAGACGCCAACUUUGGCCAGCAACCAUUCGUCUUUGACAUCGAGGACUACAUGAGCGAAUGGAGGGCCAAGAUUGACAGCAUGAUCGCCCGCUUCCCCAUAGGAGAGAGACUGGGGGAGUGGCAGACUGUUUUACAAAACAUGGUGUCGAGCUACCUGGUACAUCACGGCUACUGCGCCACGGCGACCGCCUUCGCCAGAGCCACCGAGACCAUGAUACAAGAAGACCAGAGCUCUAUAAAGAACAGACAGAGAAUACAGAAGCUGGUACUGGCAGGACGUGUGGGAGAGGCUAUAGAGGAAACUCAACAGCUUUACCCAGACUUGCUAGAACACAACCCCAACCUACUCUUCAUGUUGAAGUGUCGGCAGUUUGUGGAGAUGGUGAACGGCACCGACAGCGAGGUGCGCUGCUUUGGCGUCCUCUCCCCCAAGUACCAGGAGAGCCACCCGGGCUCCCCCAACCUCAGCCCCCUACACGGGGCCGCCGGCACACAGCUACACAGCGGAGGCUCAGACAGCCCCACCUGCAGCAACGGGGUGACCCCCCCCAGCAAGUCCAAGGGCAGCAGUAAGCACCCGGGGGUGCCCUCCUCGGCCUCCUCCUCCUCCUCCUCCUCCUCGCCCUCCCCCUCCUCAGUCAACUACUCGGAGUCCAACUCCUCGGACUCGACCAAGAGCCAGGCGCACAGCGCCCACAGCCCCCAGGAGACCAGCGACAGUGAAAUGGAGAUUGAGAGUGAGCACUAUAGCAACGGUGUGGCUGAGCGUUCCUCGGCGGCGGCGGCGGCGCGGGUCAUGAACGGCACGUACAAACACCAGGAGGUGCUGCAGACAGACACCAGCAGCAGCAGCAGCAGGGUCAAAGAGGAGAGCUGCAGCAGUAAACAGCUGUGUGGGGGGAACCAGGAGGCCACGGAGAGGAUGAUCCAGUUUGGCCGAGAGCUGCAGACGCUCAGCGAACAGCUGUGCCGCGAGUACGGCAAGAACGCCGCGCACAAGAAGAUGUUACAGGACGCCUUCAGCCUGCUGGCCUACUCCGACCCCUGGAGCAGCCCCCUGGGCCAGCAGCUGGACCCCAUGCAGAGAGAGGCCCUCUGCUCGGCCCUCAACAGCGCUAUUCUGGAGUCCCAGAACCUGCCCAAGCAGCCGUUGAUGCUGGCGCUGGGCCAGGCCACAGAGUGUGUCCAGCUAAUGGCCCGCGUUCGCUCCGGCUCCUGCUCCUUCGCCAGAGUAGACAACUUUUUGCACUAACCCCAGU